AUGCCCUUUGCAGAUCCGCGACCUGGGCGGCCAUCGAGGCCGAAAUCGAACAAUUCGCCAAUAACGUUUGAUCUUCUCUUGAAUGUCCUGCAAAAAACAAUCCUUCAUCCUUUUAUUGCCUGGUUGAUACCCCUCUGUCUAGUCGCUCAGGCAACACCAUAUUCUCACCCGUCAUUUAUCAUUACUGCGACUUAUGCUACAGGCCUGAGUUUACUCCUCGUGUUAUCAUACGUAAACAAGCGAUUAGCCCAUGGUCCACCGCGCAAUGUUGAUUUUAAGAAGGAGGUUAUUGUAGUUGCCGGUGGUGCUAGUGGACUAGGGCUCGCGAUAGCCGAAACGUAUGGAAUGCGGGGGGUGAGCGUUGCAGUCUUGGAUGUAAAAGACCCGGCGGAUGAUGCGGGAUACGUGAGAUGGGAUGAAUUCCCCAGCGUAGAAUAUUAUAGGUGUGAUAUGGGUAACAAGGAUGAGGUUGAUAAGGUAGCCCGAAAAAUAGCAAAGGAUCUCGGGAAACCAUCUAUAUUGAUAAACUGCGUGGCAAACGCUAUCAACGGCCUUCCCUUGCUUUUUCUCUCAGAACAGGCGAUUGAAUUGACCCUUAAAACAAACCUUUUGUCCCAUUUCCAUGCGCUCAAAGCAUUCCUCCCAGGGAUGUUAUCCUCUCGGACAGGCGGUACCAUCGUCACGGUCAGCUCUGUUUUAGGCCAUUUUACAGCAGCCGGCUUGUCAGACUAUGUUGCCUCGAAAGCUGCCAUGACCGCAGUGCAUAGAACUGUGGAUGCAGAGAUACGGCUGUUGGGAGCGUCGAGGAAGAUAAAAACCAUCCUCGUCGAAACUGGUCAAAUUGCAACAUCUUUAUUCGAAGGUUUAGAGACACCAAAUAGCUUUUGGGCUCCAGUGUUGGAACCGGUCCAAGUGGCGCGGGAAAUAGUAUCCGUGAUCGAUAGUGGGGAGGGCGGAGUGAUCAGAAUGCCGGCUUAUGCCAAAUUCCUGGGGCUGUAUGCUAUACUCCCAGUAUCCAUCGAGAAGCUCGUCAGGUUCCUAAGUGGCAUUGAUUUGGCUGUUGCCAAAGCGACAAUAUCAAACUCUGCAGAUAAUAAGCAGAUAACGCCUCUAUCAAGCAGCAGCUCUGAAGAAGACGAAGACGAAGACGACGAUGACAGCGACAGUUAA